GUGUGUGUGUGUGUGUGUGCGUAUAUAUAAGACGUGAUAACCUUUCGUCUCUCCACCUUCCCUUGCCUGACACCAUGUCCUUUUCUGGAAAGUACCAGCUGGAGUCUCAGGAGAACUUUGAGCCUUUCAUGAAGGCCAUUGGUCUUCCUGAUGAGCUCAUCCAGAAAGGCAAAGAUGUCAAGAGUGUCUCCGAGAUCGAGGAGAGCAGCAACGACUUUAAGGUGACUGUCACGACCGGCUCCAAGGUCCUCGUCAACUCUUUUACCAUCGGACAGGAGGCAGAGCUGGAGACCAUCACUGGAGAGAAGGUCAAGGCGGUGGUUCAGCGUGAAAGCAACACGCUGAAGGUUUCCCUUAAGGGAAUCGAGUCAGUCACGCGGCUGGAAGGUGACACAAUUGUCAAUACGAUGACACUUGGUGACAUUGUGUACAAGAGGACAAGCAAACGCAUUUAAAUCUGCACCUGGCAUAAUAAAAGUUUAAAAUAAAGACA